GGGUUGAGCAUAUGGCCGGCCGUCCGCUUUAGACUGCUCUCUCUCGCGCGCCAGCACUUCGCGAGGUCCGGUUGUUCGGGACCCGCGACGGCGUCGCGUUCCCGCCACCUUUCUUUCCCAUCCCUCUCUCGCCGUACGCCGACGACGACGCCAUCGCCGAAGUGCUUACCCGCUUAAUCCCUUUUUCUGUCUGUCUUUCUCUUUCUUCUCACCCCUUGGACUCGAAGAAUUGGGGACGCGUCGGCUGCGAAACAGAGGGCAGCGCAACGCUUGAGAUCGCGACCAUCUGCAGAGCUCUGUGUUGCGGCGAUAGUUGUGUGCUGAAGGGGGCGGUGAGCGAAGGCACGGGGUGUUUCGGAAAAGGAGAAAGAAAAGGGGAAGGAGAAGGAGAAGGAGAAGGAGGGAAAGGAGUUGAGUGUCAAGGCACGUGGCGAUUGGAAAAAGAAGGAAAGAAAGGGAAAGGAGAAGGAGAGAGAGAGGAGUUGAGUUGGGUAUUCCGUUGAAGUACGGCGGGUGUCUGAGGGAAAAGGUAAGCAGCCAUGGAGUCGCGAUUCUGGGGAGCGAGUGACAGCGAGAAUGACGAGGAUGAGAUCUCGUCGGAGGAGGAGCCGGGGACGCCGAAGCUAGUAGACAGAACUAGCGGGGGCAACUACUUGAUCAGCGCCGGCGGCCAGGCGAGCGACGAUGAAUCGGAUGAUGACGUACAGAAGGGGCCUGUUCUCAGCGCCAAGGAAAAGCGGUUCGAAGAGAUGCUACAGACUGUGGAGCAGAUGAAGAACCAGAUGAAGAUCAACGAUUGGGUGUCUCUCCUGAACAGCUUCGAGAAAAUCAACAAGCAACUGGAUAAGGUGAUCCGAGUGACGGAAUCGGAAGCCGUGCCUCGGUUGUACAUCAAGGCGUUGAUUAUGCUGGAGGACUUCUUGGCGCUGACUCUUGCGAACAAGGAGGCCAAGAAGAAGAUGAGCGCCAGUAAUGCCAAGGCAUUGAACUACAUGAAACAGAAGCUGAAGAAGAACAACAAGCUGUACGAGGUGGAGAUCGAGAAAGUGAGAGCGAAUCCUGAGUCUGAGGAGGAGAAACCGGACGUUCCAACAGACGAGGAGUCGGAUGGUGGUUCGUUCAGCGAUGGUGCACCCUCGAUAGUGCCGAACGGCAGCGAGGAGCCGCAGGAGAUUGACUCUGAGGGAGAGUGGGAAAUCAAUAGGAAGAAGUGGGAAUUCAACAAAGACCCUAGCGAGAUUACAUGGGAGAUGGUGGACAAGAAACUCAAGGAGGUUAUUGGCGCUAGGGGUCGGAAAGGCACUGACAGGUCGGAGCAGGUGGAGCAACUGACAUACCUAACGCGCGUGGCUAAGACGCCAGCGCAGAAGCUAGAGGUGAUGGUGCACCUGGUGUCUGCGCAGUUCGACGUCAAUCCCAGCUUGAACACUCACAUGCCGGUGGCGGUGUGGAAGAAAUGCGUGGCGAACCAGCUGGUGCUGCUGGACAUUCUGAAGGGUUGGCCUAACCUGAUUCUCGAUGAAGCGGCGGAGCCGGAGCUGGAGCCGGACGAUGGAGGGCGGGGGACGGCGGAGACGGAAGGGGAGAUCCGCGUGUGGGGGAACGUCGUGGCUUUCCUCGAGAGGACGGACGAUGAGCUCUUCAAGAGCUUGCAAUGCAUUGAUCCUCAUACGAAGGAGUACGUGGAGAGGUUGCGCGACGAGCCGAUGUUCAUGGCGCUGGCGCAGGGCGUGCAGGAGUACGCGGAGAGAGUGGACGACAUGAGGGCGGCGUCGCGCGUCGCUCUGCGCAGGGUCGAACACGUUUACUACAAGCCCCAGGAAGUGUACCAGGCAAUGCGAACGUUAUCGGACCAGUUGGCACAGGCGGAGGAGGAGGCGAAGGCGGCGGCGGCGGCGGCGGCCGAGGCAGCGGGAGAGGCAGACGACGAUGGCGCGCUCACGGAGGAGGAGAGGAGGGAGCGUGCGGCCAAACUCAGACGCGAACCUCCGGCUUUCGUGGACACGCCGCCUCUAGUCGCCAGGUACGCGACUUUCCCCUCCAGCAGCCGCUCUCUCAUGAACUCCCUCGCGGCCGUCAUCUAUAACCACGGCGACGAGAGGACGAAAGCGAGGGCUAUGCUUUGUGAUAUCUACCACCACUCUAUUCAUGAGGAAUUUCACAUCGCCAGAGAUUUGCUCUUGAUGAGUCACCUUCAGGAUAACAUCCAAAACAUGGACAUCCCCACGCAAAUCCUCUUCAACAGGGCGAUGGCCCAGCUAGGGUUGUGCGCGUUCCGUGCUGGACUGGUGAUCGAGUCCCACGGUUGUCUUUCUGAACUGUACGCCGGCGGUAGGGUUAAGGAGUUGCUCGCGCAAGGCUUCGCCCAGAGCCGCUAUCAUGAGAAGAAUCCGGAACAAGAGAAGCUUGAGAGGAGAAGGCAGAUGCCAUUCCAUAUGCACAUCAACUUAGACUUGCUGGAAAGUGUCCAUCUGAUUUGCGCGAUGCUGCUGGAGGUGCCGAAUAUGGCGGCAAAUGCGCAUGACCUAAAGCGCAAGCUGAUAAGUAAGACUUUCCGCCGGUUGCUGGAUAACUACGAACGGCAGACGUUCACGGGGCCGCCGGAAAACGUGCGGGACCACCUGAUGGCGGCGACAAGGGCGCUGAGCAAGGGGAACUGGGAGAAGGCGUACGAGGUGAUAGAGUCGCUGGACGUGUGGAGACUGGUGACGACAAAGGACGGCGUGUUGGAGAUGCUGAAGGGGAAGAUUCAAGAAGAAGGGUUGAGGACCUAUCUCUUUGCGUACAGCUCUCAGUAUGAGUCCCUCAGCCUCGAUCAGCUGAUAGCCAUGUUUCAGUUGCGCGAGGCGGUGGUGCACAGUAUCGUGAGCAAAAUGAUGAUCGGGGAGGAGCUUCACGCCAGCUGGGACCAGCCGACGCGGUGCGUCGUCAUGCAUAAUGUGGAGCCGACGAGGCUUCAGCAUCUAGCGACGCAAUUCGCCGAGAGGCUGACGGUGUUUGUCGAGAGUAACGAGAGGGCCUGGGAGGCGCGGACCGGUGGAACGGUCUCGUUCGGUGACAUGGAGGGAGGAGGCGGAGGACGGAGAGGUCAAGACCGCCGGGGUAACCAGGAACGCUUUGAGUCCUAUGCAGGGACUGCUGGGGGUGGUGGCAUGGGUGGGCGGCGCGAUUUCGGCAGUGGAAGGCUUGGAGGUGGUGGGUAUGGUGGGGGGGGUCGCGGCGGUGGCGGCUUCGGUGGGUCCAGAUUAGGUUCGGGAAGAGGUAUGGGUGGCGCUGGCGGGUAUCGUGACCCCAGACAGGGUGGUGCUGGUAAUGCCUCGUACGGACAACGGCAGCGCUAUCAGGAUGCCUAUGGGUCCUUCGCUCGAACGGCCUUCCAAAGUGGCAGCGCGGCGAGCAGCCGUGUCACCCCAUCUCCCAACACUACCGAAGCAGCUGGACGUAUGGUGAGCUUGAAUUAUGGCGGCGGGUACGCAAGGGCAGGUGGUCGUUAUUAAGUCACUGUAAUCGACUGUAAUCGUGCGUCGUCAUCCGUAACCAAGAGUGCACUGUAAAGGAGCGAAAACUAGAACAGGAGCGAGCUCGUCUACGGGUCAUCCAGCCUCUGCAGAAGCUCGAUCACGAGUUGACCUAUUUUCCCUUGUAGUGGCUUUGUGUUUGCGUGCCUGCGUGUGUGGUCGUGCCUGCGUUCGUGCGUGCGUGUGUGUGCAUGUGCGCUCCCGCACGUUUGUUUGGUUUUCAAAGUAGCGGGGGGAGAGAGACACAGAGAGAGAGAGAGAGAGAGRGGGGGGGGGGGGGGGGGGGGGGGGGGGGGGGGGGGACGGGGAAGGAAGGGAUCGGGAAAGAGAGUUGAGUGCUAGGAGGGAGAGGAGGAAGAAGUGCGGUGCUCUGAGCUUGGAACGGGGGUGAUAGGAGCGCUUCGUCUUUCACGGCGAACGCAGAGGUGGGGGGCUCGUGGUAGGGGAGGGGAAGAGAAGAGAACGGAGUUGGACAGAGAAAAAAGGGGUGAGGGAAGGGGGAGCGUGUGCGGAUUGAGUUCGUAGAUUAAUGCCGGUAAGUUUACCGUACAUUCUCGCGACAAACAGCAACAGAGCGGGGUUUCAGUUUGGGUAAGCUAAACUUGAGUCAGAAGAAUUUGAGAGUAGUAGCAGAGAAGAAGAGAGGGUUGUAUUGACCUCGUCGGCUUCCAGUUUGUGGUGGAUUGCGUUAUUAGGGCUGUUUUUCUUUCUCUCCCCCCGAUGGAUGGUGAAGAGGAUUGCGGUAUGUGGGGCAGAAUAAGGUUGAGGGCGGAGGGGAAGAAGAGGUUUUGUUCCACAGCAGCGGAGAGGCUCCGGGAUCUUUCUGAGAAGUCUCCUUCUCCGGAGUUCCUGCUGUUUCUUAUGCCUCCUAUACACGUUUUGUUUCCAAUUCGUUUGAAAGAUAGUUUUUUCUGGCUUUCGCCUGAUCCAUGCUCAAAUUUCCCCCCCCAUCUCCCUUUUACCUUGGUUUUCGCCUACGUUUCACUUUCUCCUUCUCCUCCCGCGUCUCGUGUUUUUGUCAUUUCAUUUGUGAGUGCUUGUGUUCUUUGAGCAGAACAAAAGCAGCAGAAGAGAGAGUUGAAGCUUGUGCACAUGUGCAGUUUGUUUGGCUUGUUUGUUGCAGCUACCUUCGUAUAGAUGAGGUAUAAAGCAGAGUGGGAGGAAAUGGAUGGCUUAUGACACUUUGGGCUGCGCUACCUGAGCGGCCAACUGCCCAGCCUUGCUGAACGAAGCCAUAUGACACUUUUGGACUGCCCUACCUGACCGGCCACUGCCCAGUCCCCCGUACUUCUGGCAGGAGGCAAAACUUCUGUCUUCACCAUAGUUGCCUCACAUACAACCAUAAUGAUCUGGUGUUCUUCUCAGGCGAAGAUGGCAGACAUUGUGGCAGAACUGAAGGCCACUGAAUGUAAGUGCUUGUCCGUGAUGAUAAUAAUGAUGAUGAUCGCUUACGCUGGGGAAGUCUGCUGCACUUGAUGGCUAUGUGAGAUCUGCAACUAGCUCGAACUGUGCAAAACUGUA